AUGGAUUCUAGCAACCGGAAGCUUGGAUUUGUUAGUGGCGGUGUACAGUCAUCGGGAACCGCCUCUGGAAUCCAAAACCAGGAAGAGAUUGAGCUUCCGGAGAGUGAUGAUGAAGAAGAAGAUGAUGGGAAAAACACCUCCACCCAACUCUCAGAACUCUCUCUCACCGAAAAUCGACCAAUACCACGAUCAGUUGCACGACACCGACCACCUUCAGACCCGUCAAUGUCCUCCAAUCACCCCACUUCAAAAAAACUUUGUAAACCCCCUCUGUCUUUGGGUCUCAUCAUCAACAUCUCUUUCUGCCUUCAACAAUACACACACGCCUACAAGUUUUCAUUCUACAGCCAGGAAAAUAGAUUUGUGUUGUUGAUAGUGUUGAUUUGGAAAAUUAAAAGAUCCCGACGGCUUGAAACCCAAAGGCCACUAAUCACCACCACCGAACAUCCCACCAGCAGUAACCUCUUUCAGAUACGAGAAAAGCAAACUAAUAGUGGUUUAACGAAUUGUCAGAUUUACUUGAUGAUUUGAAGUAGGAAUCAACUGAAAUCUACAUCUUCAUUGUUUGAAUUGUAUGUCUUUCUCAUGUUGUAACUUUAUUUCCCCAAGUGUAUUUCAUUUUUUGUUGUAUGACGGGUUUAACAAAUACACGGUGAAGGUUUGUAGAUGGUAAAUGUAUGGUUUGUAUGGUAUAUUUGAAUAUUCCCAAUUUUGUUUUAUAUGUAAAUUUUGUAAUUAAUUCACAA